GGGACCAUCCUUGGUUUCACUUUGUCCCUGGUUGUGGCUAAACUUCUGAAGACUCAAGCCCUAAGAAAGUGAGAGAUUAGGUUGGAGGAAAUGGGUGCAAUGAAAUAAAGGGCUCUCUCCCAUUCAGAACCGGUGAGCUGCUACUAGAGCCAAGAAGCCAGACUGAUGCCUAACUGAAUGCAAGAAUCGGUGUCUGGGUAGAGGAUCAUGGAAAGUAGACGGGGAUGUGAGGAGUGUUUGCAAUUUUGAUAACCAUUCUGCUCUUUUGGAAAACAGUGCAGGGGUUCUUGGAGUGGAAUAUGUAUGGCAGAUGUAAUUUAUCUUCUGUUAGGGAAGAUUUGGGUUCAGUCAUGUUAGGGUAGGAUAAGCCAUCCAUGUCUUGACGGUAAUAUUGAAAAUAUUAAUUUAGGCACAAAGGAAGACCACGUAGAGAGCUAAAAACAAUGACAUACUAAGUUUUGCCUAAGUUGAUAAUAUGCAAGUGAAAUGGAAGACAAUUAUUUUGAUAAUUCAAGGGAAGGCAAAAAUAGUCUCACUUAAGUGAAUAAUUAUGGAUAAAGUUUCUGGCCUGAGACAUUUAGAUAAUUUCCCACUUUUUCUGUUUCACUUUGCUAGAAUAGACCUGUUGUUAGCGAAGUAAGUGGUUUAUUUUAAACAUAAAGUCAUUAGCAAAUUCUCACUUAUAUACACACCUCUCUUUAUCAGGGCUAGAACAAGACUUGGUUAGAAUCCCUGGUUUGAAUCCCAGUAUCAACCGCAGUGAUUCUGUAUUGUACUUUGAACAAUAGUUCUCUGAUUGGUUGAACCUCUGCGGUGGCAUUUAGUUAUAGAGUUGAAUGGUUAAUGUGGACAUUGAAGAUGAGCGUGGGAGUAAUUGAUUAGCAAUUAUAGUUGUUCACAAGGGUGGAAAACAAUCACUUCAUACUUUAUAAAUAACCAGAAUGCAAAUUAUUUUAAUCACCUACUUGACUUCUUGAUUUUGUGAUCCUUUAAUCUUCCUGGCAGCACCGCUGGUGUCUAGAGGUGUAAACCACCCCUGAGUCUUCUAGAGAGGCUCUAGAGAACUCCUGGAGUAGUUGGCGGCCGUCCCAGUAUUAAAGAGUCCCAAACUCUUUGCUGGGUCUCCUCACUCUGUUUCCUGUGAAAGGAGUGCUUGCGCUUCUAUCUUGUAUCCAGUGCCAUUUUAUAACCUCCUUGUAAUCGAAUUCAUUAGUUACUAAGUUCUACUUAUUCAAGCAAAAGUUAAAUAUUAAUUCCUAUUGCCCAUUCUCUGCUUGGAACUUGGCCCUGAACUCUGGGAAUCCUCACGUUUGCUCUCAGAACUCGCUCUGUUGGUCUCCUUCCUUGCCCUUGCUUUGUUAGAGACUCCGCUUUUGAAUCUUUGACACCAGUAUAUGAGCUGUCUUUUUCUAUUCGUUUAUUCAAAAUCAUAAUUUUUCCGAAACUCAAUAUAGACUGAUCUCCCAAAUUUAAACCACUUUUUGUACUCACGUCUUUUGCUACCUGUAUACGUUCUUGAUCUAUUACUCUGACACCUGCAGUGUUCUAGGUUCCAAGCUUGUACAUGUUGGCUGCUCCAUUCACUUACCACGCCCUGGUCCUGAAAAUCACUAUGCAAAGUCUGUUUUUGAAGACAUGGUACAUAUGAGCUAGACAUGAAAACAUUUGAAAAGUCAACAACAUUUAAAAUAACUGUUCAUUAUAUAAGUGUAACUUGAUUAUAGAAGAUGCCUAUGUUUUAUUUUCAAUAAAAGGUUUUUAGUGACUCUUCAGCAAUGCUAAAAGCCGAGUUGAAUUUCUUACGUUAUAAGGAAAUGGGCCAUAAUAAUUCGAUUAUUAUGUAAUAUUAGUAUUUUAUUUCAGUUGUUCUUGCUUCAUUGUUCUUUCUGAAUUUCGACUGUUUAAAAUGACUUCAAAUUUUAUUAGGAUAAUCUUAAUGGUUUCACUGAUUUCGGAAGUUGGCACAGCUGUAGAUGCAGGACUGAUGCCAUCUGGUGCAAUUCCACAGAAUAAGAGAGAAAAUUUACCCAGAGUGUGCCAUGUACUGGCUUUUCUGGGAAUGACAAGGUGCCAGGAUUUGUUUUUGGUUCACUUGCAGGGGUGGGAACUUGGAAGUAGGUUCUAAGACAGUUGCUUCAACUCCCCACAAGAAGAUGGAGGAAGCCCAAAGGGAAAACAGGGCGUGCCAGAGUGAAUCCACUCUUUAAAGAGCUUUCUCAGCAGCCUAACAACUUUUGCUUACAUCUCAUUGGCCAGACUGUGUCAUUGGCUACUGCUAUGAGAAAUGUAAUUUUUGUAGCUGGACAUAUAACUGCCUUCAACUAAAAUCUGAGUUCUCUUGAUAAGGAAGAAGACGAUGGUGGAUCUUGGGUGGACAACCAGCAGUCUGUGCCCUGGCUACAGAAUACAGCUGUAAAGGAGUAUAAGGUCUGAAACAGAUCAAAACUACAGCUCCUUCACACCUGGCAACACUCCAAAGAACAGGGCUCUGCUCUGAGGAAGUGAGCAGAGUGAAGACAUGCUAGGUUUUCUCACCAAACACAUGCCAGGACUGACCUCUCUCAGCCAAUAUAUUUGCCCCACAUCAGGAUUUUCUAGAGGAGGACCUGGGAAACCUGCACACUUUCUUGGUGGACAUAAUCUCUUUAUGGAGGUUUAGAAUGGGAUAAAGAAUGUUUCACCUUGCUACUUCCCCAUCUGCCUUGUUUAUCUCUUCCCUAAUUUUCCUGACAGAUUUUUGGUGGAGCCUGGUUUGUAUAUUUGAUCCCCAUAAAAGGAUGAUCCUUUUCAUGCACAGGGCAGGGUAAUCUAUGAAAAGAAAGGCUACUUGACUCCCUUCUCUGACUCCACCCCACCCUAGGAAUAUCCUGGGAGAAGAAUUGCUUCUCAAAGCUGCUUCCAUAAGCAGCCUACAUCCUGGCUAAGCGAAGGGAGAAGAAACACUUCCCACAUCCAGGGCUGUCCAAAGGAACUUUCUGUGAUGACAGAAAUGUUCUGUAUCUUCACUGUCUCCUACAGUAGCCACUAGCAACAUGCGGCUAGUGAACACUUGAAAUGUGGGUAGUGUGACUGAGGAAGUAAUUUUAAGAAUUUUAGUUAGUUUUAAAGAAUUUAAAUGUAAAUAGCCACUUGCGGCUAGUGGCUAUUGUAUUGUAUAGCACAGUAGACACUUUUCUGUUUCUUGUGCUUAGAACUAGCUGGGAGAGGUUUGAACCAGUCAUGUGCUUGGUGUUCCGUGAUCUUCACUACUCCAUGUUGCCAUUGAACUUGUCUCCCAGAGGAGAAAUGAUAUUUUGGAACUAAAUUCAAGAUAUUAACUUCACAUCUACACAUUGCACAUGUUCCUGUGUAAACACAAUGGUCUCCUGGGAAUAGGGCCUGUGAUUGACUUUAGUGGUGGUUGGUAACGGAAAAAUGGUGGUGUCAAUCCACUUCACGUUCCUAGUGAACAUUUUGUAUUGCUAGUCAGAAUGAGUCACCAGAGAUUAUUUCAUUCUGUUGUGCAAUUCAUUCUGUUAUUUUAUUUUUAUAAUAUUGUGGCUGCUAAAAUGAUUAUGCCGUGUAUGUUUUUCAAAAUACUUAGUGGUUUAUAUUUUUUAAAAGGCUGUGAAAUAAAAAUAUAAUUAUGUGUAA